UGCUCUCUUUCCCAUUACGAAGUGAAACAAGGUUCCCGGUAACAAAGUUUGAACAUGGCGUUGAGAUCGAUCUGCCGGCUGUCAAUUGAUUCGACCUUCAGCCAUUUGAGCCAUUUGGGAGCCACCGCCCGGCCGAGACGAUCGUCUUCCGCAUUGCUCGCACGAAGUUUCGCCACUGUUGCAGAAAAUAUGAGUCUGCCGCGCGUUUUCUUUGACAUGACCGCGGAUAAUAAACCCGUGGGUCGCAUCGUAAUGGAGUUGAGGAGUGAUAUUGUCCCCAAAACAGCAGAGAAUUUUAGAGUUCUUUGCACUGGUGAGAGGGGCUUUGGUUAUAAAGGAAGCAGUUUCCAUAGAGUGAUUCCAAACUUCAUGUGCCAAGGAGGUGACUUCACCAACCACAAUGGCACUGGUGGAAGGUCCAUCUAUGGUGCAAGAUUUGAUGAUGAGAACUUUACAUUGAAACACACUGAACCUGGUAUUCUUUCCAUGGCAAAUGCAGGUCCAAAUACAAAUGGUAGUCAGUUCUUUAUCACCAGUGCCAAAACAAGCUGGCUUGAUGGCAAACAUGUUGUAUUUGGAAAAGUUAUCGAAGGAAUGGAUGUUGUUAGAAAAUUGGAAAGUAUGGGAUCUCAAAGUGGAAAAACUUCCAAAAAAAUUGUAGUAGCUGACAGUGGAGAAAUGUAAUUGUUUGACUAGAUACUCUAAUGACUGCAUUUUUAUUUAGCUGUUGCAUACAACUGUUGCUAUCUUUAUUGUAUGACUCAUUCAUUCUAAUCAUCACCAUUUUCCCUUAAUAUUAUGGACUUAGUUUCCAUAUUUAAAAACGUGUAUAUUUACAUUAAUUUGGUAUUAACAAAUGAAGUGCAUUGUAUUAUUUUUUUUAUUACAAUUGAAAUUGGAAUAUACAAUGAAAUAGAAUCUAAUGAGAUAAUUUCUUGUUCUAUCUUUUUUUAAUUAUAAAAAACUGUUCAAUUCCUUGUUUAUUAUUACUUGCAAUAAGCAACAUCUAUAUUAAAGUGGAAUGUAAAACAAAUGAAAAAGAUUUAGAUCCACAUUCUUCCAUGGAAUAUUGAUCCUUUAAUUGUAUUAAAUGGUAUAUCACAGUAAAACGUACAUAUAUGAACUGUGCGUCUUAUAAAACUUUCCUGUGUGUACUAUUCAUAUUUUAGUGUCUAAUAAGAAUAAAAUUCGUAAGCAUUUACUUACAUUUCUAAGGUCCAUAAAUAAUUAGUGAGUGUUACAUGAUUACUGUAUAAUGCAUUUAUCUGUGACAUUACGAUAUUAUAACUUUUCUAUUGUGCUUUUAUACUUAGAACCACCAAAAUAAUGCUCGUUAUCUAGGGCAUUAUUCGUUUUGAUAUGUAUACACCAUCCCAUUUCUAAGCACAGAUUGGUAAUAGAGGUUUGAUUAGUGUAAACCAUAAGAUAAUGCCUUUAGAUAAUUCCAUCUUCUUCUAAUGUAACACUAACGUUGAAAGAUGUAGUUGCAGCGGUCACAGUAAUUGGGAUUUCUAUAAAAUAAAAUUGCUUUCAGAAGUAAUUGUUGUACACUUACUAUUACAAAGUAUGAAUUAUUAUGAUAUUAGUGAAUUUAUAUUCUAAUAUAAACAGAAAACAUUUGGAAAUAAUAUCUAUAACUAGAUAUAGGCAUUUAAAAAUAGAAAGGUACGUAAAUAAAUCCUGUAUUAUAGAUCUUUUCACGUCUAGUAAUAAAACAAAGAAGAAAAAGAAUAAAAAAAUGUAUAAAAAAAAUUUCAUAUGAAGCAUUACUGUAAUGUUUUAAUAAUAUGCAAUUACAUAUUAGAAUUAUAUAAAAAAUAUAAAAUAUAAAAAAAAAUUAUAUUUCUAACGUACACUUCUGUAUGGAAUCUUGUUGAAAUAGUGAUAAAAUUAUUUAUAUUAUGUGUCGUAAUAGAUUAGAUUGCUUAAAUUAUGAAUGUUAUAAAAUUAUAUAAAUGAGUGAUAAGCGUAGAUAAGCGUGACUCAAAAUCAUAAAUAAAUGAAACAUGCUUGCACUGUAUUAUUUAUUUUAUUAUAGAUGUAUAACAUUUCUGACUUGUAUCUACUCACUAUUUAUUUACAGCUUAUCUAUAUCAAUGUGUUGCAAACACAUGAUGUCAAUUCCAAUUCCUCAUACUUUUGAUCGUAAUAUCUAUGUGGUAGAUAAGUUUUUACGUGAUGAAACUUAAUCACAGUUAUAAAAUCAUUUCUUUUUAAUAAAAUGUAUGUUUAUAUUUAUAAAGGUAUUGUUUGAACAGUAAUACAUACGAUAAGGAAGAAGAAUAUUUUAUCUCGUCUAAGAUAAAGGUUAUUUAGUCGUAAGAUGUUUCGUAAAUUUAAAAAUUGAGAAUAAAUUAGGAGUAUAAUAAUAUAAUUUUUAGAUUCUUUUCAUUGCUUUAUUACUUAAAACAGUUGAACGAUUUGUUAUAUCCAUUCCGCCGAAUCUCUUUUUCGACAUUUUUUCACACUCCAGGCGAAUUUAAAUUUAAAGCGAAAAUGAUUGUUAUUUUAUUAUAUCAUAUAUCGAAAAUACGAUACACAAGGGAAAAUGGUAUGAUUUAUUUCAUUGAUUUAACAAAUUCAUAUUGUCCUGGGAUACAAGCAUAUUUUGCACUGUAUCUAUUUAUAUUCAUAUUAAAAUGAUACAUAUUUGUAAUUUUCUGGUAAACUAAAUCGGUACUCGAAUGAAAGUAGAUAUAGUCAUUGAGAUUGUGGCACUUUAAAUCUCAAAUUUAAUUCUUCAACACGUUGAGUGUUUAGGUGUUUAGGUGUUUAGGUACGCAAAUAGACUAAAAUAUUUUGCAAGAAUGAAAUGUCUCAGUAUGGUACGCUUUAAUCUAUCUAUCCAAGUCAAAAUAAGUAUAAAAAUCGCGUGGCAAUCAACAUAUUUAAAAAAAAAAAAAAAGAGGAGAAACAGAUGCUUCUGAUUGUUUUUUAGUGCAUUUUCAUAAAAUCUUCUAAAUGUUUAAUUCUCAUAGAAUAAAAGGGAGAGUAUACGUUUGAAUCUCAGCAGAUUUUAUUAAUUCUUUGAAACCAUAAAUACAAUAUGAGUAUUACAUCAACUUUAGUUCAUACAUGUAACAACAUAUUAUUCUGCACGUAACAGUUACAUUUAAUGAAACAUUUACUUAUCCAAUAAAUCCAUAUUCUCUACUAAA